ACCUACCGAGCGAUAAGUUCUGUAGUGUCAGUUCUGUUGCGCCGCCGUCAGGAAGAAGCAUGCGCGGGCUCCUCUUCAGCAUCCUGAUCGCUGCGAUCUCUGUGUCGGCGGUCCAAGCCAAUAACUGCGAAUCAACCCUGCAAUGCCAGGUACAGGACGGAACGAUCUGCCAAACCACAGAAGGGCACUGUCCAGGAUGCCUCUCCAGAACAUAUCCUGCUGGAAGCGAUUAUAGACGAUGCAUCCCGUCCAAUGCUGGCGUGUGCGCGACAGGGUACGACAUGUGUUCAGGAAGCUCGGACUUUCCUGCGAAUCCUCCAACUUCGACUGCUGCGCCAUCGACGACUACCUCAGUUCAACCUAUCGCCACCCCGACGAUGACACUGAAGCCUACUACCACUGCCCAAACACAGGACAAGACCACCGCAUCUACUACCUUGAACGUCCCAACUACCACCUCGACACUCUCGACCACCUUGGUCGAAUCGGUCGACGCCGCAUCGUCGUCGUCGUCGAUGUCCACACCGAUUGCAUUCGCUGUGGGGGGAGCUGCCUUUGUCUGCUUGGCCGUCUUUGCCGCCAAGAAGUACCGGUCUCGGCAGCACGACGAUAACUCAGCGGAGGAGUACGUCCAUCAACCCAGCACAAUGCCUGCGUCUUCUGAGCCGACUUCGAGCGACUUCGUCGUAUUCAGCACACCAGUAGUGUUUGCCAAGACCAAUGGAGAUGUCUUGCCCCCGUCCGUGACCCGGGAGUCCCGUCAUGGCAACCGGACGUCGAUGGAGUUUGAGAUUCACGCCGUGCCGUCGCCCAUGCAAGACAACCAGCUCUCGUUUGGCGGGGACUUGUGGGACGAAGUGGAAAAGAUCAACUCGCAACGCGAAUUGGACGAACGCACAUCGUGACGACACGGACCCCCCAACCAACCACACUGACCUCGUCCAGGGGGGUAUCUUCUCGACAUCAAGUAGUCCACGCGAAGCUCGUACUAAAAUGCCUAUAAGGUAAUCCAUCAAUAUCGCGAACGCUUUUUGUGCACUAAAAUGUCAAAUGUUUGAAGCACUCCAUCACAAAAAGUCCCUCGAAUAAAAAAAAACUAAAGGUAGCGUUGGAAAAUAUAAAUCCAGCUGCAUUUUUUAGUGCCAAGAAGUGCCUGAAAUAUCCCAAUAAUCGAUUUGUAUUUUGAAAUUAUAACGUAACGUUAAGAA